AUGAGCAUCCCGUUGCUUCUCGUGGGGGGCCUCGUGUUUCUUCUUCUGCUGGUCUUCUGGCCACACGACUGUCAGAGACACACUGGUGAAAUGUCAUCAAACUCGACUGCUUUCCUAGCAGUGAGACCAUCUUCUGAGACUGAGUCAGCUAACAGCGAUGUUGAUAACGGCCUAACAAUCAUCUGCCUCUCUCGGAACACCUUAAUGAAUUCCCCGCACCCCGAGGCUGUCGACAAACUAGUACUGGUAAACCUCAGGGUGGUGGAAUACGACCUCGCCGAACGGGAACAUGUGGUAGUCACCAGGCGUUUAAAUGGCACACUAGUGAACCGUAAACCCCCUGGGCAGGCUGACGGAAUGUAUUGA